UUGUAUUUUUGAUCGACUUGCUAUGCUGCAGAAUUUAACUCUGUCAAGUUGAAGACACUUGAUGCCCAUGAAAAUACCGUUUGUCUAUUAUAAGGAUAAACGAACGCGCCUAUCAAAGAUAAAUAUAACAUAACCAAAAUUGAUAUAUUAUUAUAUACAUGUUUAUUUUAUUUAGAGAUAUUAUAAUGAAUUAAAUAUUGAGCGGUAUGAGUUGGUGAAAAUAUUCACGAUUUUUUGUUGCUAGCCUUAUUAAAAAUCCUCAAUCAAAUAUGAUUGUGACCUUACUAUAUAAUAAAAUCAAAUCAUUUAUUUUGAUUUUCACCAAUCUCUUCAGAAAAGCCUUAUGUUGUUUCCGAAGACGACGACGACGUAGUAGUUGUGAUUCUGUUCCCCUCACUCAUGUUAUAUCCAACAUCGAAGAACAAAAACAUGAGACUGAGAACUGGGGCAACUGGGAAGAAGGCUUACCCGAUAAACCAAAAACUGUUCAGGAUCAUAUUGAAUUGUACCGAAAACAAACUCAAAUUGCUAGAACUGACUCAGAAUCACCUGACACUGAAGAACAGUUGAAUUUCUUUGAAAAUAUGACUCCCAGGAUUACCAAACAAACAAAAGUUUUAAUCAACACUGAUGAGGCCAAAAAUAAUACUAUGGACAGAUUGAAUUUUGUAGAAGGAACACUAAAUCCAGUACCCACUUCUGAACUGAGGGAAUGGGAAGAAAGUUCGGGUUGGGAAAAUGAAACUUUAGAACAUGAAGCACAAAGAGUAUUGAGAGAAAAGAAACGACAAGAUAGGGAAAGAAGGGCAUUAGAACAACAACAAAAACGUCAUGAAAAAAUGGGUAGGCCAUUGGGAUCUAGAUUGAGCACAUAAAAUAUGUAGCCAAGAUGAAUAACUCAAGAUUUUUACCUCAAAUUUGAAAGUUAUUUUUAAUUAAAAUGAUUCAAUAUGGUCCCCCCAAAGAAAGGUCUAGCUUUAAUAUAUCUGUUGGAUGAAAAUCUGACUGGUUAUUGUUUGACUUUAACUAUGAAAUGAAUUAUGAACCAUUAGUUUUUGAUAGUGAAGAAAAAAGUGAACGUUCAUCAUUACUUAAAAAAAAAGUGGAUUUAUGCACUAAUUUCAAAUCGUAUCUGGAACCUCUGUUAUAAAAUAACUUCAAAACAAACUCUGCUCCCGCAUACCAGAACUUCAACACUCUUCUCAAUGCAGGAUUCACCAACCCAUUUGGCGUCACCAAGAGAUGAACCAUACUCAUUUCCUGAUAACGCCAACUCGGUUGGUGACACGCGUCGGGAAUAGCGUUGCUGUUCUACAAUUUAGCAUACAGUUUUAUUUGUAUUAUAUCAUAUGUAGCUAGUUGUCGUUGAACAGUUGAUUUUCAUUGGCAUUAGUCAUGAACAAGUCAUAAAAUUUCAAUAGUUACAAAUGGAAAACAUAAAAUGUUAUGACUUGAAACUGAUGCAUGAAUUCAUUUUUAGGAAACCACAAUCCAAUGAUAAUCAGUCAAUUCAAAUGUACUUACUGACUACAUUUGAAUUCAUUUUCAUUUCUCUAAUAAUUUUUUUUGUUAAAUUGUGAGAAAAACGCCAAUGAAAAAUAUAUUUUCAAAAACCAAAUCA